AUGGCUUUAGAUCUCAGAACCUCUUUUCAUCGCGAACCAUCCAGGAGCGAUCCUGGGUCAGAAAAUCUAGAGCCUGAACCCACCCAAAGACCUGGUGUCCAGAAGGGAAAGGGGACCUCUGAGUUCCAGAGCCCUCAGCUCAGCUCAUUUCAAAAUGGUAAUUCACGUGCAAAGCAGGAAUUGCAAAGACUCCAUAAGUACUUUCACUCGUGGCUGAAGCCAGAAAAGCACACCAAGGAUGAAAUCAUUUCUCAGCUGGUCCUAGAACAGUUUGUGCUCAAUGGACAGAGCAGAAACAGGUCCUCUUUGCAAGAGAAAUGGGAUUCAAGUGGAAGACACCUGGAGAAGUUCAUGGAAGACCUGACUGAUGAUUGCAUGUAUCCCCCUGGCCUUGUCCGUGUCCACAUGCAGGGGCAGGAAGCCCUCUUCCCGGAGAAUAUGCCCUUAAGAGAAGUAAUUAUCCAUCUCACGGGACAGUCGUCAGCAGAAACCCCAACGGGACAGAGCGUGGGGACACCCUGCUGGGAUCCCCGGGACACUCCUCUGCAAACAGGACAAGGAGAUGAAAACAAAGAAGACGGCAGCAACAUUUCUGUGAAAACUACUCAAGUAAAUGACAGUAUUACAAGUCAAGGCAAUGAAGUACCUUCCCCAAUUAUCAUCUGGGAAGAGAAUUGCCCCAAGUCUGAAGAGGGAGAGAUUUCUCAGCAAAACUCGCAGAACUCUGGAAGAGCAGGGCUUGGCUCCUCCAGAUCCCAGGAAGGAUCGCCAGGAGGACCCUCCUAUGAUGAUGUCCCUAUGGAGAUGGAUCCACAGCUUCUCCCCAGGCCAGACCAGGCCACCCCUGGGCCUGUCCCUCCCCAGCAGAGCAAUAAGGGAAAACCCAGGUGUGAAGUAAUUCAAGAAAGAGUCCACAGUUCCCCCAAGUCAUACAGAUGUGAGGACUGCUCCAGGAUCUUUAGGUAUCCCUCUCAGCUGGACGCCCACCAGAGAAGACACAGGAACGAGAGGCCAUUUGUUUGUGCCGAGUGUCACAGAGGUUUCUUCCAGAUAUCACACCUACGUGUGCACCAGAAGAUUCACGCAGUGGAAAAGCCCUUCAAGUGCAGCACAUGUGAAAAGUCCUUCAGCCACAAAACCAACCUGCAGGCUCACGAGAGAAUCCACACCGGGGAGAAGCCCUACACGUGCUCCCUUUGCAAGAGAAGCUACCGCCAGUCAUCCACGUACCACCGCCACGUGCGGAACCACCAGAAGAUUAAUCUCAAAAGUGAUCCUGCCACACCAGAAGCCUCUCCAGCUACUGCCCUCACAAAGGAUACAUAA